AAUCGUUAAUUAACGUGCUGGCGGAUGGCAACACAGCGGGACUCUUUUUUCAGCAGUGCAGACGACGUACUCUACUCAUUUUGGGAUUGUUUAGUUGACUUUCAUUAAUAAGAAUGGAAAACCCUUCUACGCAUUCGGAUUUGGAGUUGUUUACUCGGGAAUUGACGUGGGAUACCCGUACAACCAUUAAUAGAUUGUUCAGCCCUACUUUCUUUGGCGCAAUGGGCUUUGGAAUGGCAUUGGCCAUGAAUUAUUUCCAGAGAAGACCAAUGCUGAGUGGUAUCCAACGCCAUAUUGCACUUGUAGCAAUUGGAGUUCCAGUUGGUAUGUAUGCUGAUCGGCUCAAUGAAAAUAGACUUGCUAGAAGAGAUGCAAUCCUAAUCCACUAUAUCAGAAACCACCCAGAAGAUUUUCCUGUAACUGAGAGGGUUAAGUACAAGGAUGUAUUGGACAAAUGGCUCCCUAGACGCUAGAUGAUUCUGCUUCACAGCUGUGAACUCUGGUAGUGUUGAAAGUGUAUUUACUAAAAUUGUUCAUGCAAUAAUACAUUAUUUUGCAUGACUGUU